AUGGGGCCAUCUCGCGUCCGACCCCUACCUGCGAUUCACCGCCUCCUCGGUACGCCGCGCGCCCCUGGUGGGCGGGGAACGACGCAGUGCAUGAUAGGGCGGGUGCUGGGCAUGCCGCAGGGCGCUCGCUGCUCCGCACAGCCCCCCUCCACGCGCGCUUGUCCCAGCGUCCCCCUCUCGUCUCACCUUCGCCGUCUUUCCCUCACCCUCCUUCACAUGCCCUCGCCGCCUCUCAGGUUCCCCCCCGCGCCUUCCAUGUGUUCCCCCCGCGCUUCCCAUGUGUUCCUCCCGCGCGUAUGUGCCCCGCAGGUGCCGCGGGAGCGCAAGAUCGCCAACGUGCAGAGCCUCGGCUUCGGCGCGCUCUUCGCGCCCACCCCUCCGCUCCCCGCCUCCGCCGCUUCCCCGCUCCUCUCACCCUCCGCUUCCACCCUUUCCUCCCCCACCUCCGCCGCCCCCGCUUCCUCCCAACCGCCCCCCGUGGUGCGCCAUGCGCCUCUGCGCUGCGCCUUCUGCGGGGCGUGCGUGUGCCUCUACUCCGCCAUCGCGCCCGCCACGGGCGACUGGCGCUGCGCGCUGUGCGGGCGCCCCAACAUGAGCGGCGGGCACUACCUGCUGGCGGAGGGAGAGACGCUCGAGGGGUGGCCCGAGCUGGGCGCGCGCGUGGUGGACUACGUUGAGGCGGGCGGGGGGGCGCGCGGGGCGGGGGGGGGGGGGAGUGGGGGGGAGCGCGUCGGAGGCGGUGCUGGGGGCGCCGGUGGUGGUGGUGGUGGACGAGGGGCUGGACGCCGCGUGCAUGGCGGGCGUCAGAGCCGCGCUCACGGUGAGUGCAUGGCGGGCGUCAGAGCCGCGCUCACGCUCACGGUGAGAGCAGACAACAACCCAUCCUCAUUGCAUCCUCGUCCCCCCCUCGUCCCCCCCUCGUCCCCCCCUCGUCCCCCCUCGUCCCCCCCUCACUUCUUCCUUCCCCAUGCCUCCCCCGCACUCACCCCGUUGCGCCCCAUGGCAGGCCAUGCUGCAGCACCUGCCAUCCGCCACGCGCAUCGCCAUCAUCACCUUCGGCGCGGCCCUCUCGCUCUUCGACCUCUCGCCCUCCGCCUCGCCGCUGCUCGCCUCCGCCGACUGCUUCCCCGCCACGCACGCGCUGCCCCCCGCCACGCUGGCCGCGCUGCUUGCUGGGGCGCGCGCAGCACCUCGCGCCCAUCGCGGCCUGCCUGCCCUCCGCGCAGGCCGUUCAUCGCCUCGCUGCGCCCCUGCCGCGCCGCCACGCCCCCCCUCGCCCGCGCGCGUGCCCUGGGCCCCGCCGUGGAGCUCGCGCUCGCGCUGCUGCGCGGCCCCGCGCCCGCCCUGCCGCGUGCUGAGCAGCGGGCGGUGGAGCGGGGCGGCGCGCGUGGUGGUGCUGUGCGGGGGGCCAGCCACAGUGGGCGCGGGGGCGGUGGCGGAAGGCAUAGAGGGCGUGGGGGGAGGGCGAGGAGCGGCAAGCGCGAGCAGGCGGCGCGGCGGCACUACGAGGCGCUGGGCAGGGAGGCGCGGCGCAUGGGCGCCGUGGUGGACGUGUUCUCGGGGGGGCCGCUGCUCGUGCGCAUGCCCGCACUGCUGCCCCUGGCGGCGCUGUCAGGGGGCGCGCUGGUGCCGCUGGACGAGUUCAGCCCCGCCGCGUUCCCCCCCCUGCUGCUGCGCGCCCUCUCGCGCAUCGUGGGCGCGGAGGGGUCGCUGGAGGUGUGCUGCUCGCCCGAGGUGGCCGUCACACGCGUGAUCGGCCCCGCAGAGGCGGAGGAGGGCGGUGGGCGCAGGGGGGCGGGCGGGGAGGAGGGGUUCCCGGAGGACAGUGCGACGGCGGUGGCGCUGCUGAGUGUGGACGAGGAGGCGGCAGUGGCAGUGAGCAUGGAACUGGUAGAGGACCUCACCCGCCACCACGUGUUCUUCCAAUUCCUCUGCCGCUUCCGCCUCCUCAACCACGACCUGCGUCUACCAGUGGCGGCAUCGCUACCAGCAUACCUCUCAUCGGUGCACGAGGCCACGGCAGCGCUGCUCAUCGCCAAGCGCACCGUGCUGGCCGCGCCCACGGCUCGCGAGGCGGGGGAGAUGCGCGCGUGGGUGGACGCCCGUGCACGUGACUUGGCGCUCAAGCUGGGCGGCGUGGCGCAGCACAACCGCUCCCUGCUGCAGUUCCCCCACCAGCUGCCCCGGUGGGGAGGUAAGGAGAGAAGCGAGGAAGCAAGGGGAUGGUAUUUGGUUGCUGGACCAGUCGGCGAGCAGUGCAUGUCAGCAGCUGCGCCCACCUUGGCCAUUCCCCCACCCAUCUCUCCUCCCCCCUUGCCCCCUCCAAUCCAACCCCCCCCCUGCAGGGUAGCGGAGGCGCUGUACGAGGUGAGGCGCAGCCCGGUGUUGGGGCGCCACGUGGCGGGCGAGUGGGAGCGCCAGGCCCUGCGCGCACUGCUGCUGCGCGCAGGGGGGGAGGCGGCGCUGCGCAUGGUGCUGCCCUCGCUGCUCAUGUUCCGCGCCGGCCACGCCACCCAGUUCGUUGAAGUGCCGCCCUCCGACCUGGCGCUGACGUCAGAUGCCGCCCUGGUGCUGGACCACGGCACCGACAUGCUCAUCUGGCUCGGCGCGCACCUGGCGCCGGACGAGCCCACGAGGCGCGGAGUGGAGGCGGCGUGUCGCCAGCUGGCAGCGCAGCUCAUGGGUGGGCCGGGCGGCAGAGGCAGGUUCCCGGCGCCUCGCGUACUGUGCUUCACUGUCAGUGCCAAAGGGGGGGAGAGGGUUAGGAGGGGAUGCUGGGAGGUGAUCUAUCUGUGUGUGUGUGCUCCCCCGUGUGCUCUUCCGUGUGCUCCCCCCUGCACUCCCUCGGUGCUUGAUCUUCAACCCCGCAUCCUCGCCCUACACUCCCCGCUCGCCCCGCCCUGUGCCCGCCCUCCCCAUGACGGCAUGGCAGGAGGGGCACGCCGGAAGCGGCCUUCAUGA